AUGGCGUCAUCAUCCCAGCCCCAGCAAACCUCCACAUCGUUCUUUUCCCGGCUAACAUAUUCCCGAUUGCAAAACAAUUCUGGCAACACGCUGGACUCGGCAUCUCAAGUCGUCUCGCCGAACAUUGUCUCUCCCUUCUCCCAGACGACCCCGCUUCCCCCACCAACGGUAUCCACACACCCCCGAAAAUGGUACCACAAGCAUUAUUCGGCACGGAAAGGCAGCCCGCCAUCGGCUUCCCCUGUGGAAACAAUUGCUCCUGCUCUGGAUAACCUCAGCUUAGAUCAUUCUGUCUACCUCGAAGAGCGCUACGGACGAAAUCUACCCUUCAGUUUGGCCGCAUCCGCAAAACGAGCUCUGCGGAGACGUAUUGCUGGUGUUCUUUUGCGUGACAAUUACAGUGACGGUUCUGACGAACCAGGUGCUGGCGACGACAACGCCAUUCUCGGGCCGAGCUCCCGUGGAGUCAGCAACUUCUCAGAGAACGAUGUAUUCCUUUACCCGACUGGGAUGGCGGCGAUUUGGAGCUCGCACCAGCUCAUCCUGGGGGCUCUGCCUGCUCAGAAAUCUGUUUGCCUCGGAUUCCCCUACACAGACACCCUCAAGGUCCUCCAAAAGUGGGGUCCCGGUUGCCAUUUCAUCGGUGAUGCGAAUAUCGACAGCCUGGAGGAGCUUCUGGAGGAAGAAUCAGCUCGUGACCCGACUCGGCCACCCAUCCUCGCACUGUACACCGAAUUCCCCUCUAAUCCAUUGCUGCGUUCAACUGACCUUUCCCGGCUCCGUCUUCUGGCUGACAAAUACAACUUCCUCCUCGUUGUCGACGAAACUGUCGGCAAUUUUUUGAAUGUGGAGGUGUUCCCGUUCGCCGACAUUGUAGUCAGCAGCUUGACGAAGGUGUUUAGUGGAUAUUCAAAUGUGAUGGGCGGAGCCCUGUGUCUGAACCCACAAGGCACACGAUAUAACCUGCUCAAGGCACAUCUUGAAACAACCUUCGAAGAGGACGCCUAUUUCGGCCAAGACGUGAUUUACAUGGAGCGCAACUCACGCGACUUCCACCGGCGCGUCAAGGUCAUCGACGACAACGCACUGGCCGUCUGCCAGUUUCUGCAACUCAAGACCACAGAAUCGAAUCCAGUUGUCAAGCAGGUCUUUUAUCCCAAGUUCGUCACGCCAGAGAACUACGAGAAGUGUCGCAUCAAGCGAGACAACGGGCAGGAGAGUGGCGGCUACGGCGGACUGUUUUCAGUGACAUUCACGUCUCUCCCAGCAGCACGGGCUUUCUUCGAUGCACUUCCUUUCUUUAAAGGACCCAGUUUGGGGACAAGCUUUACCUUGGCUUGCCCCUACGCAGUCCUUGUUCAUUACACAGAGAUGGCUUGGGCAGCACGAUUCGGUGUGGAGGAAACAAUGGUGAGGGUCAGCGUCGAGCAAGAAGAGACAGCAGCCCUAGUAGAGGGCUUCAUGGCAGCAGUGGAGGCGGCUGAAAAUGCAUGA